AUGAGCAUAUGAACUCCCAUCCUCGCCUGCUGCACCCCAUGGACUGCCAGGGACCCGGGAGCAGCGCUGCUCCCUCCCGAGGCUUUGUAGCUCGCCUCUGGCAACAUCCGCUGGCUGCUGCAGCUGGAGCUUGAGUCUCUCCUUGCAAUCCUACCCCCAUCCCCCUUCUUCCCCUCUGUCCUUCUCUCUCCACUCUUUUGCCCAGCAAGCAGGAGCCUGAGCCCCUUCUGCGCGUCUACCACCCUGCCCUGCACCCGAAGCAUCCCUCCCUCUCUUUCCUCUUCCUUCCACUUCUUGGGUGAUCGCGGGCUUCGCCUCCCGCCGCCUCCCAUGCUGCAUCCAGUCCCGGGCAGCGCCCCAGUGGCCGCAGCUCAGAGCUUGGUGACCUCAGCCGGGCGCCCAGUCUGGCCCCCUUCACCCUGUCUGAGUCCUACCAGUUGAGUCCGGGAAAAGGGACUCAUAUGAGAGAAGCUCUGAGAUGGCAUCGGUGGGAGAGCCUGGCACUGCGAAGUCACCAACCUCCCGCUAGCAGAGGAAGGGUGGAAACAAGAAGGGUCUUCUCUAUAUUGCCUUAUCUCCUUCUCUGUCCUAUCACCCACAUUUUCUCCCUCCUUUCUCUUAAAAAAAAAAAAUUGUAAUUCCCCUCAGUGGGUUUUGUUGCUGUCUUGGGAGGGGUGAAGAGGCAGCGAGCGGUGGUUCUGGAGACAAAGACCACUUUGUAAAGAGUUUGGGAUGCCUGGGGGGAAAAAGGUGGGCCCUAGUGGCAGCGGUGCCAUUGCCCCCUCUGGGAUCAAGCGAUCUGAAACCAGUGAAGGGGCUUCAGCACAGAGGGAAGAAGAACAAGAGGAAGAAGGGGAUGAAGACCUCCGGGAUGGAGGUGUUCCCUUCUUUGUUAACCGGGGUGGGCUGCCUGUGGAUGAGGCCACCUGGGAGAGAAUGUGGAGACACGUGGCCAAGAUUCACCCUGAUGGAGAGAAGGUGGCACAGAGGAUUCGUGGGGCCACAGACCUACCCAAGACUCCCAUACCAAGUGUGCCUACAUUCCAGCCAUCCACAUCGAUCCCUGAGCGCCUGGAAGCCAUACAGCGUUAUAUCAGGGAGCUGCAGUACAAUCAUACAGGGACACAGUUCUUUGAAAUUAAGAAGAGCAGACCUCUGACUGGGCUGAUGGACCUGGCUAAGGAGAUGACCAAAGAGGCGCUGCCAAUCAAAUGCCUAGAAGCUGUGAUCCUGGGAAUUUACCUCACCAACAGCAUGCCCACGCUGGAGCGCUUCCCCAUCAGCUUCAAAACCCACUUCUCAGGGAAUUACUUCCGACACAUCGUGCUGGGGGUGAACUUCGGGGGCCGCUACGGGGCGCUAGGCAUGAGCCGCCGUGAAGAUCUCAUGUACAAGCCUCCGACUUUCCGCACACUCAGCGAGCUGGUCCUGGAUUAUGAGGCUGCCUACCAACGCUGCUGGCAUGUCCUGAAGAAGGUGAAGCUGGGCCAGUGUGUUUCUCAUGACCCCCACAGCGUCGAGCAGAUUGAGUGGAAGCACUCCAUCCUGGAUGUGGAGAAGCUGGGGAGAGAGGACUUCAGGAAGGAACUCGAACGGCACGCCCGCGACAUGAGGCUGAAGAUUGGCAAAGGGACCGGCCCACCCUCUCCUACCAAGGAUCGGAAAAAGGAUGUGUCCUCCCCGCAGCGGAGUCAGUCCAGUCCACAUCGCCGUAACAGUCGAGGAGAGAGGCGACCAUCUGGUGAAAAGAAGCCUGCUGAACCCAAAGCCAUGCCAGACCUCAAUGGGUACCAAAUUCGAGUGUGAUAUGGGUGGUGAUGAUACUACUUGCUCCAUAGACUUACCACUACCCCCUCGGGCUACAGGACCAAGAGCCACCCACCGUGAGCCUUGAUUGAGGGGAGGUGUGGGUUGAGGGGACAGUGGCAGGAGCCCAGAGCUCCCCUUCAUCUGACAACACUGCUUCCCUCGGGCAGAACUUGGGUCUCCCCCACCAUUUGUGGAAAAGGCGUAUUGAUCCUAAGGGGAAGAGGAAGAGGAAUCAAUAUGAUCCCAGAGAUUUGUUUAAUAUAUCCCAUAAAACAACGUGUUGAACAGGUCACACCUGUCUCAGGGCAAGUGGUAUCCCAGAGACAAUUGGCUGUGACCACAUGCCUCCAUGGGAAGCACUGCCAGGGCCGGUCUAAAGACUAGUGCCAUUCUUUAGGCACUGCAUCAGAGAACCAU